AUGGCCUGUGGCAAUGAGGAGACCCGGGGCUGUGGCCGCCCCACGAGGACGCGGCGCUGGGCCAGGCCCAGGAUGUCCCCUGCCCCUCCAGCACCGGGGCCGCCGGGACCAGCGGGGGCACGGGGUGAAGUGGGACGACCGGGACCCCCGGGCUUACCGGGCCCGGGGGCUACGGGUGCGGUGAGCGCGGCUACCUACAGCACGGUGCCGCGCGUCGCCUUCUACGCCGGCCUCAAGAAUCCCCACGAGGGCUACGAGGUCCUCAAGUUCGACGACGUGGUCACCAACCUGGGCAACAGCUACGACGCCGCCUCCGGCAAGUUCACCUGCGCCAUCCCCGGCACCUACUUCUUCACCUACCACGUCCUCAUGCGCGGCGGCGACGGCACCAGCAUGUGGGCCGACCUCUGCAAGAACGGGCAGGUGCGGGCCAGCGCCAUCGCACAGGAUGCCGACCAGAACUACGACUACGCCAGCAACAGCGUCAUCCUGCACCUGGACGCGGGGGACGAGGUCUUCAUCAAGCUGGACGGGGGCAAAGCCCACGGCGGCAACAACAACAAGUACAGCACCUUCUCCGGCUUCAUCAUCUACUCGGACUGA